CAAUUUUGACUAGUUGGUGAACCUGAUAACUUGAAAUAUGUCAACACGAAAUUAAUGUCAUCUGUUAUGUGAUAUGUACACAACACUUAGAGUAGAAAGUUGCAUACUUUAAUAAUGCCAUUAAAUGUUUCACGGGAAGAAGUUUUCACGUCUUAUAAACAUGAAGUCAAGAAACUUCGUCGUCUAGGAAGGGAAUGGAGGGUCAAAGAUAGCGACAUAGAUGAAAUCAUUCACCAUUCUUUCCAGCUCUUUGAGGAUCAGCACAAGACAAAAAGUGUGGAGUAUUCCAGUGACAGAAUUUCAACAAAGUCGAUACGUUUCUUUUAUUCAUUUCAGCAUAUAGUCAGAAUAACUGUUGUUAUGUUCCUGAUAUUAACAGCUGCUUGUUUGUUUAUUACUUACCAUAAGCCUACAUAUAACGUGGUUGUCAGAAAUGUGCAAGAAUUAAUAUACCCUAUAAUGAAAUGCUUGAGAAGAGUAACGCUUCCAGUUGUUAAGGCUAUGCCAUCGGUUACAGUGUGGUAUGAUGAAAUGUGUCUCCUUGAGAACCCUCACUUCCAAGCUACUGAUAUGAAUUGCUGGGCAUGUGAAGAAGUCCGCAGUGUACUUGAUCUGUCAAAAAUGCACAAUCCAAGAGAUUUCCAACCGCACACAGGUUUUCCUUAUAUUGUUAAGGGUGCUGGAGCUGCAGUCACUUAUGGGACACUGCAAAAGAUGUAUGAAAGCAAUAGGCAUUUGAUUAACAGAGAUGCAUAUAGAAUCUCAAGUACUGUACAUGAAUGGAAGUCGGUAGCAGAUCUAAUGGAGUAUAGUUUAGAAAGAAACCCAACUACCAAUCAGGAUGCUCAUAUUGAAUGGCGAGUGAAUAGACUGGAGCCAGCAAGAUUACUUCGAAAGCUAUUCCCUCGUCCUUCAUUCAUCCCCAAUACUGUCAAUAUGGAAAGGUUCAUCUUGGUAGAUGAACCAAAAGCACCACAGUAUAAGUUGCCUUUUCCAGAAGGCUACAGAGUGUUCAUAAUGCAAGGAAGUGGGCAGCGUAUGCUGGUACUGGAGCCUGUAGAGGGCUGCAACAUUAAUUGUACCAGAGUGUCUGUUCUUUUGAAGCCAACUGAUUUAUUAUACUACAACAGCUGGUUUUAUCGGCCAAAGAGCAGUCCUGUUGCAAACAGUACUACAAUCAGUGUGAGUUACAUUGGUUCCCUGUAGGAUAAUACGAAUGUUAAAAACAUGUAUUUUUCUUUCAUAUGUAAAGUACAUCCUUUGUAUAACCAACCAUGUAGAAUUCUCAGUGCACAUCCAAGAUGUCUGUUGCCUGUGCUCUGCUUAUAGUUGCAGUUACUCCCCAGUUGGGAUUCCUUGAUACAGGCUUCCAGAAUAGUUUGGAGUGAUUCAGUAUAUGUGACUACUAAUGUUUUUCAAACUUUUUAAUGAGCUUGGGCUAAUCAAUGAAAGCACCAUUCAGUUCCUCUUCUCUUUCUUAUUUAUAUUUUUCUUUUAGUCCUUAUUUGGUCCUUACACAAAGCUGUUCAGCAAAGGAACAAAUUAAACAGUGCUUUACUUCUAGAAUUUGCUUCAUCAUUGAACUGACAAAAAUUUCUGAUAACUGACACUAAUACAUAAUUAAGAAAACAGAAGUACAGUAUUACUAUACUGAGUGACUCUAAGCUCCUCAUGUCAUAAUGAAUGGUAACAUAAUAUUCUGCCAUUUGCAAUGACCUGUGCAUUAAUACCAAGAGUAUCUGCAAAGAGUAGGAUUUUAGGUUCUCACUGCAGUGAGCACAGAGACUGCCAUCUUCUGGGUAGUAGUGCCAUGUAGUCUGGUAGAAGCUUAUCAACAUUUCAUGGGUCCCAAGCACUUCAGCACAUAACCCUGAUGAUGGAGGCAACAAGGACUUCUGAAGUGUUGGUAAACAUGUACCAGGCUACAUGGCACUACAACCCAGAGGACAGUCAUCUUCCAUAUCUUUGUAAAACCUUCCACUAGUCAGAAUGUUGUUGCUACACACACUGUUCAUUGUUGACUGAACCCUGGGCUUAAUUGUGUUUGGUAAGUGGAUUUUAUAUUGCAGAGACAAAAGGUAUCAAAGCAAAUACAGUGUACAUGAUUAAAUAAAAAUAAUUUUUCCUA